AAGAAGCGCCUGAAAGAUUAAGAUUUGAAAACAAAUAUGUCUGCAUCCCUAGGCCUGUUUAGGGAAGGCUAGUAUGGCUUUCGAGAAGAGCUAUAAUAAGCUGGAAGUGGCAGUAUUCAAUGUUGAAUCACCGUUUAUUACUUGUUACAAGGAACGUUGUCUGUCACUGUCAGAGACAUUUGUCCACAAUGGCUACCACUAAAGUGCGGACAGUGUUGGUAGAUCUUAGUGGCACUCUCCAUGUCGACAGCGACGAAAUCCCAGGUUCGAUAGCCGCUAUCAGCAGAUUAUCCCAGUCCGGGAUCAACAUAAAAUUUGUCACCAACACCACCAAGGAGUCCAAACAGUGUCUGCUGGACAGAUUGACAAGUAUCGGCUUCCAAGUCCAGCCUUCGCAGAUAUAUACCUCCCUGACAGCUGCCCGUCAUCUCAUAGAAAGGAUGGGAGUCCGUCCCUUUCUGAUGUUGGACCAGCGAGCGUUGGAGGACUUUGCAGAUCUAGACACGACUAAUCCCAAUGCUGUAGUUAUAGGACUGGCCCCUGAUGACUUCAACUACCAGACUAUGAACAAGGCAUUCAGACUGAUACUUGAUGGUGCUGCCCUAGUGGCCAUCCACAAGGCUAGAUAUUACAAACGCACGGAUGGCCUCGCUUUGGGUCCAGGUCCAUUUGUAACUGCACUUGAGCAUGCUACUGACACCAAGGCUGAAGUGGUUGGUAAACCCGAGAAGUCGUUUUUUCUGUCGGCCAUUGAGGAGUUCAACUGUCAGCCAGAAGAAUGUGUCAUGAUAGGGGAUGAUGUUCGAGACGACAUCGGAGGUGCCAUUGCGACAGGCAUGCUCGGAAUCUUAGUGAAAACAGGAAAGUACAGAGACGGAGAUGAAAACAAUAUUGACCCAAAGCCUACAUAUACAGCUACCAAUUUCUCAGGAGCGGUGGACUAUGUUCUACAAAACAGAUGAAUAUCGCAUUAUAGCAUCUCUUGUGAUUUAUUAUCGUCUCAGAUAUGUUGGAAAUAUCUCACAAACUUUAAAUGACACGGGUCACUGUAGAAUAAGGAACAGAAGGCGAACUUUACAUUGUUUUUAUGGUGGAUUUAUAUAUGCAUGAUACAUAACGAAUUUAUGUAUGUAAGAUUCAUACACAUACAUGUAUAUUUCACCUGGAUGCUGGUAUUACCAAAACCACAUGGAACACAUAUUGUUUAUCAAAAAUUAACAGACGGAAUGAUGUCUUCAUAGUGAAAUUGGUACGUUGCCAAGAGAGAAAUAAUGACCUGAAAGUCAAGUUGUUAUUAAAUUGCUGUUUCAGCUAUCUUUCAAUUAUAGACUACCUUGUUAUCCAGUGCAGGGAGAUAUAAAUUUUAUAGUUGUCAGGGUACCUGGCUUGGUGGCCGUUUGUAUAUGUCAGUUGAUGUAAAUUGAUGACCUCACCAGAUUAAGGGAGUCACGACAUGAUUACAUGUAUAUUUGUAUCUGAUAAUUGUUAGUACAUUAGUUGUCAUGCAGAUGUGUAUUGAGAGUACCUUGCAUGUAAACUAAUCAGUUCCAUUGCAUACCUCUUGAACUAGGCACAUGUCUACGCUUACCUUCAAGUCUAAUGCAAAAUAGUACCAGAAUAAUUAUUUAUUUGAAUUUAUUAUUUUUGUGAUGUAUCCGGGACUGUGAGGGUGACAUACAUUAUAAGUGAUGUAUCCGGGACUGUGAGGGUGACGUACAUUAUAAGUGAUGUAUCCGGGACUGUGAGGGUAAUGUACAUUAUAAGUGAUGUAUCCGGGACUGUGAGGGUGACAUACAUUAUAAGUGAUGUAUCCGGGACUGUGAGGGUGACAUACAUUAUAAGUGAUGUAUCCGGGACUGUGAAAGUAACAUACAUUAUAAGUGAUGUAUCCAGGACUGUGAAAGUAACAUACAUUAUAAGUGAUGUAUCCGGGACUGUGAGGGUAACAUACAUUAUAAGUGAUGUAUCCGGGACUGUGAGGGUAACAUACAUUAUAAGUGAUGUAUCCGGGACUGUGAGGGUGACAUACAUUAUAAGUGAUGUAUCCGGGACUGUGAGGGUAACAUACAUUAUAAGUGAUGUAUCCGGGACUGUGAGGGUGACAUACAUUAUAAGUGAUGUAUCCGGGACUGUGAGGGUAACGUACAUUAUAAGUGAUGUAUCCGGGACUGUGAGGGUAACAUACAUUAUAAGUGAUGUAUCCGGGACUGUGAGGGUGACAUACAUUAUAAGUGAUGUAUCCGCGACUGUGAGGGUGACAUACAUUAUAAGUGAUGUAUCCGGGACUGUGAGGGUAACAUACAUUAUAAGUGAUGUAUCAUGGACUGUGAGGGUGACAUACAUUAUAAGUGAUGUAUCCGGGACUGUGAGGGUAACAUACAUAAUAAGUGAUGUAUCCGGGACUGUGAAAGUAACAUACAUUAUAAGUGAUGUAUCCGGGACUGAGGGUAACAUACAUUAUAAGUGAUGUAUCCGGGACUGUGAGGGUAACAUACAUUAUAAGUGAUGUAUCCGGGAGUGUGAGGGUGACAUACAUUAUAAGGGAUGUAUCCGGGACUGUGAGGGUGACAUACAUUAUAAGUGAUGUAUCCGGGACUGUGAGGGUAACAUACAUUAUAAGUGAUGUAUCAUGGACUGUGAGGGUGACAUACAUUAUAAGUGAUGUAUCCGGGACUGUGAGGGUAACAUACAUAAUAAGUGAUGUAUCCGGGACUGUGAAAGUAACAUACAUUAUAAGUGAUGUAUCCGGGACUGAGGGUAACAUACAUUAUAAGUGAUGUAUCCGGGACUGUGAGGGUAACAUACAUUAUAAGUGAUGUAUCCGGGACUGUGAGGGUAACAUACAUUAUAAGUGAUGUAUCCGGGACUGUGAGGGUGACAUACAUUAUAAGUGAUGUAUCCGGGACUGUGAGGGUGACAUACAUUAUAAGUGAUGUAUCCGGGACUGUGAGGGUGACAUACAUUAUAAGUGAUGUAUCCGGGACUGUGAGGGUGACAUACAUUAUAAGUGAUGUAUCCGGGACUGUGAGGGUAACAUACAUUAUAAGUGAUGUAUCCGGGACUGUGAGGGUAACAUACAUUAUAAAUGAUGUAUCCGGGACUGUGAGGGUGACAUACAUUAUAAGUGAUGUAUCAUGGACUGUGAGGGUGACGUACAUUAUAAGUGAUGUAUCCGGGACUGUGAGGG